UAAAUGUCACAUUCCCUUAGUCUUAAUAUAUUCUCAUCCAUCUAAGAUAACAAGUAACCAGUCUAACCACUAAUCUACUCUGAGGUAAAAUGAGAUUCCUUUAACAAACGGACCCUUAAAAUAUAAUGUUCGUAUAAUCUAAUUUUUAUGUGGUCAAAUGUGACCUUCCCCCAAUCCAAUGUUCUCGAGCAAUCACGGAAUCACAACCGCUAGCCGUGUUUAUCCGUAUCUCAUUUGAUAAUGCAUUUUUAUCCAAAAAUCCUGACGCUUACCCACUGUAGAACGUGGUCGUAUAUCCUGACGAAAAUGGUGCGAAAAACCGAGCGCAGAAGACUAGAAAAUGGACCAGCAGCAGCCCGUCCUAGUUCCAUGGAUUUCAACUGUGGGAUUGGUUAAUUUUUACCAGCACGCUCUGUUCUUCGUUCAUCACCUCAAAAAAUCUCUACCCCUCCCAAAAAAACAAGUGAUGGGACAAGAAGCGUCAACAGAUGAUAAUAGCAGAAGCAGUUUCAGUUUCGCCCUCCAUUUCUUCAGAGGGAGAUGGUUCUCACUUUUUGCCUCCUUCCUGAUUAUGGCUGGGGCGGGAGCUACAUAUUUGUUUGGUGUCUAUUCCCAGGAGAUAAAGGCCUCAUUGGGGUAUGACCAAACCACCCUCAACCUCCUGGGCUUUUUCAAGGACGUUGGGGCCAACGUUGGAGUGCUCUCCGGCCUUCUUGCCGAGGUUUCCCCGACAUGGUUUGUUUUAUUAGUCGGUUCUGCCAUGAACUUUGCCGGCUACUUUGUUAUAUGGUUGGCUGUAACAGGGAAGAUUCCAAAGCCGACUGUCUGGCAGAUGUGUUUGUACAUUUGCAUAGGUGCUAAUUCUCAGAACUUCGCCAACACUGGGGCUCUGGUGACUUCUGUAAGGAACUUUCCUGAGUCUCGUGGGGCUAUGAUAGGUCUCCUGAAAGGUUUCACCGGGCUAAGUGGGGCCAUCAUGACUCAGCUCUACCUUGCUGUUUACGGGAGUGACUCCAAGUCUCUCAUCCUACUUAUUGCCUGGCUUCCGGCUGCAUUGUCAGUGGUGUUCGUGUACACGAUUCGGGAGAUUAAGGUUGUUAGGGACAAGAGAGAGCUCAGUAUGUUCUACCUAUGCCUACUUUCAUCCAUCGUCUUAGCGUUGUUUAUAAUGGUGAUGACAAUCCUCCAAAAGGUGGUUUUGUUUUCAGGGGCAGCUUAUGAUGUCAGCGCCGCUGUUUCUUGCAUUUUGCUAUUUUCUCCUCUUGUGUUUUUUGGCAGACAUGAGUUAACCCUCUGGCGGAAGAGGAAAGUGGUACAAAGUGUUGUUACUCUGCAACCACAUUUUCCGCCUCCGCCGCAGCCACUGCAACCAACACCAGCACCAGAGGGAAAUAAUGGCCCUAAAGUCUCUAAUAAUGGUCCUAAAGUCUCUUGGCUCGCCAAUAUUUUCUUCCACAAACCAAAAAGAGGAGAAGAUUAUAGCAUCUUGCAGGCGCUUCUGAGUACAGACAUGUUGAUCCUUUUUGUAGCCACAUUUUGCGGGAUGGGUUCGAGCCUGACGGCUGUUGACAACAUGGGUCAGAUCGGGCAGGCGCUCGGGUACCCAAACAAGACUAUAACAACCUUUGUGUCCCUCGUCAGUAUAUGGAACUUUUUUGGGAGAAUCUUUGCGGGAUUCUUCUCAGAGACUCUUCUGAUCCGAUACAAAUUCCCGAGACCGCUUAUGAUGACUCUUGUUCUCCUCCUAUCAUGCAUCGGCCUCCUCCUCGUUGCUUUCCCGGUCCCCGGAUCACUAUACGUCGCGUCAGUCGUGAUCGGGUUCUCGUUCGGGUCCCAACUCCCUCUCCUCUUCACUAUCAUCUCCGAGCUCUUCGGGCUGAAAUACUAUUCCACGUUGUUCAACUGCGGGCAGUUGGCUAGCCCCGUUGGGACCUACAUACUGAACGUGAUGAUCACAGGUCGGUUGUAUGACAAGGAGGCGCUGAAGGAUUUGGCCAGGAAGGGGUUGGGUAGAGCUGAUGUGAAAGAGCUGAGUUGCAUCGGCCCGCAUUGUUAUCGUCUGCCGUUCAUAAUUCUGGCCAGUGUCACUUUCUUUGGGGCAGUUUCUUCCUUGGUUUUGGUUGUCAGGACUCGGGAAUUUUACAAAGGUGAUAUAUACAAGAAGUUUAGAGAGCAGGCUGAGGAUGUAGAAUUGCCAGUGGUGAUAGUAGCAAACACUAAAUAAUUGUAAAAAACAGAAAUCUAAAAAAGCAGUACUUUAUUAAGGUUCCAUUUUGACAACCUUAGUCCUUUGUUUUUGUAAUCAUCCAAAGCCAUAUGAAUAAUAUGCUUCGUUAAUUGUAUUUAAAGUUGUGCCUUUAAAUUUUAAAGCAUGCAACUUGACUUUGAUGGAUGGGCAAGCUCCCUGUAAUUAUGAUUUUCGUUGUGUUUUUGUAAAACAGUGAUGUGAUA